CUUAACAAUCAGUUGUUAUGGCUGACUGACUGAUUAAAGUUUGUCAAAUCAGUUACCAAAAUUCUAGUGAUUACUCUACAGCUCCAUUCAAGAAAUCGUCUAAAAUUUUCACACAAAGUUUACACAGUCAAAAGUUGCAGUGUUAGUUCAACAGUAUCUCCAUGUCCACUUUUAUAUUGUUUAAUUGCGUCAUGUCAUUAGAACCUUGACUUAUGAAGGUUUCGGAGAAUUAAAAAAGAUUACGUUUGAUUAAUCUUAUUGCCAAAUAUCAUUGACAUCAGUGUGUAUAUGUAAACAAAAUAGUUAAAGAGGCGAAAAUAUGAGCAGCGUAAGGUGCAGUUUGGCAUCCGCCGGCAAGUAUGCCUUUGCGGCAAGAAACACCAAGUUGCAACAUGGAGUACUAUCAGCCAUCUACACCACCAAAAGCCAGCCUCACAAGGGUAUUUCUACCAGUGUGAUUCUUCUAAAAACUAUCGGUGCCGGGGAUCCUCCCACCGGCGCUCAGCCCCCUCCUCCGCCUCCGACCAAAGAUUCGGGAAGUGGGGGCGGCAAAAAUAAAAACACCCUGUCCUGUCCGAAGUGCGGUGACCCCUGCACCCACGUAGAGACUUUCGUCAGCUCUACAAGAUUCGUGAAAUGUGAAAAAUGUCACCAUUUCUUUGUAGUGUUGAGUGAGGUGGAUAGUAAGAAGAAGAUCGGAGUCGACGAGAAGACCGGACAGUAUAGGAAGCCGCCCCCGCCGCCCAAGAAGAUCUACGAUUAUUUAAACAAGCACGUGGUGGGGCAGGAGUAUGCUAAGAAGGUAUUAUCCGUGGCUGUGUACAAUCAUUACAAAAGGAUAUACAACAACAACCCCAAUCAGGCAAACAAUUCGAGACAAGAGAUGGCAGUAAUGGAACAAGGUCCACAUCAAAAUAUCACCCACAGAGAUCAACUACAUAUCGCAGGUUUGGGACAUGCGGCGAUGGGUUUGAAUUUCGGAGGUAAUACGGACGGGGGAAUUGGUGCAAUGAGGUCUUCUCAGGCCACGGGGUCUGAUAUAUUAGAUAAGACUUCACACGAGCUGAAAUUAGAGAAAAGCAAUAUCCUACUCCUGGGACCUACGGGAUCAGGUAAAACUCUCUUAGCUCAAACCAUAGCUCAGUGCUUAGAUGUGCCUUUUGCAAUUUGUGAUUGUACCACCCUAACCCAGGCGGGCUAUGUUGGAGAGGACAUAGAAAGUGUUAUCGGAAAGUUAUUACAGGAUGCUAGUUAUAGUGUGGAACGGGCCCAGGUGGGGAUUGUUUUCCUAGAUGAGGUAGACAAAAUCGGUGCCGUGCCCGGGAUACACCAGCUCAGGGAUGUUGGAGGCGAGGGGGUCCAACAGGGUAUGUUGAAGAUGCUAGAAGGCACAGUUGUAAAUGUUCCUGAAAGAAAUUCCCCCAGGAAGCUCAGGGGAGAGACAAUCCAAGUCGACACGACUAAUAUACUUUUUGUAGCCAGUGGUGCCUAUAACGGACUGGAAAGAUUGAUACAGAGAAGAAAUAACGAAAACUACCUCGGUUUUGGGGCGCCAACAUCUGUAGGUCAGGGAAGGAGAGCAGUGGCGCAGGAGGCGACACUGCAUCAGUCUUCCCAGACGGCGGAGGAGGAGAAUGCGGAGAAAGAUUCAGCGCUGAAGCAGGUGCAGGCCAGGGAUCUCAUAGAUUUUGGAAUGAUUCCGGAAUUCGUAGGUAGGUUUCCAGUUCUAGUGCCCUUCCACUCGCUUAACGAAAGCAUGCUAGUUAGGAUCCUGACGGAACCGAAGAACGCCCUGGUUCCGCAGUACCAACGGCUGCUAGCCAUGGACCAGUGCAACCUUACUUUCACGUCCGAUUCGCUAAAAGCCAUCUCACACCUGGCGAUGGAAAGAAAGACGGGCGCGAGAGGUCUCAGGGCUAUAAUGGAAUCUCUUCUGCUGGAACCAAUGUUUGAAGUACCGGGCGCAAACAUCACCGAGGUUCACGUAACGGAAGAAUACGUAAUGGGAAAGAGCGCGCCCGAGUACAUUAAGAAUUCUGACUCCGUGACAGGUACUGAACCCUCGGACGAAGACGAAUUGAACACUUCGAUUAGGGUGAAACAAUGAGAUUAGCGGUACAACAAUUAAACGAAACCGAACAAUAAUAAGCGCAGUCAGUCGGCUGAUCCACUCAGAUUUAUUCCCUCGACAGAUAAUGUAAUUUUUUAAGGAAAACAAUAACAAAAAAAAAAAACGUUGUUAAAGACCGUGUGCAAAUAUAGAUAGUUUUAAUCUAAAUGUGAAGUUUUUGGUACAGGGUGUUUCAAAAAAUGUCCGCACCUUCAGAUUCCAGUCGCCAUUUUAGAUGUUUUUUGUUGGUUUCGGACUUGGAGACUGAGGUAGGUUGACUGUGAUUAAAAUGUUAAAAAUUUCAUAUUUGAACGUUGUUUAAUCUUAUUUUUAUUGUAUAUAUAUUUUAUAAUCCCAUGCGUUAUUUAAAAAUAGAGACAUGGGGAAGCGAUUUGUUAUCUUUGAGUUUUUCAGUUGCCGGUGGUAGAUUGCUUUAUUAAACAAAUUUUUUGGUCCACCUUGUACAUUAUGUAAAAAGCGAGUUUUAUUUUAUAUUUCAAUUCCUCCGAAUCACCUCUUUUUGCUGGGAGGGUCGUUCGUUGUGUAAAUAUUAUAAAACGAAUCAAUUCGUUCAUGUUAUAUUUAUUGAUAGUAAAAUGUUUCUCAAAAAAUAAUUGUAGUUUGAUGAUCGCAAGUUGUCGGAAGAAAUUUGGUGUAUUGUAAGGAGAGAAUUAAAUAUAAAUACACCAAUGAAAGUUUUA